AUGCCCAACCCAACUAUCGACAAGAAGCAACAAUUACGGGCGAAAUUGAUUGAUAAAGGCCGGAGUGCUGUCGAGGCCGAAGGAACCAAUAGCGCACUCCGCCAUAGGAUCAUAUCCUCCAAUCUUCGGGAUCUCGUGGGCGGUAUUACCAAACACGAAUGGACAGCUACGCAGGUAGUCACUGCAUUCAUUGCUCAGGCAAUCAAAGCACACGAUCUUACGAACUGUUUGACCGAGAUCUUGUUUGAGCCAGCGCUCAAGGCCGCGGGAGAGCUCGAUGAUUAUUUUAACCAAACUGGCCAAUUACGUGGUCCGUUGCACGGCGUCCCUUUUACCUUCAAGGACCAAUAUGAAAUCAAAGGCUACGACAAUACGAUCGGUUUCACUCAUUGGGCGGAUCAGCACGCAAAUCAAGACGCCGAGCUUGUCGCUCUCGCGCGCUCAUUAGGUGGAGUUGUGAUAGCAAAAACCAACGUUCCCCAAACCAUGCUGUCUUUUGAAUGUGACAACCCACUUUGGGGUAAAACCACCAAUCCUUAUAAUGAGAGCAAUACAGCAGGUGGGAGCUCGGGUGGAGAGGCUGCCGUAUUGAGGUUCGGCGGAAGCGCUCUGGGCAUGGGGUCUGACAUUGGUGGUAGUCUGCGCAUUCCAACGAGUUACUCGGUCGAGGCGCAGUCGGCAAGUAGUGUUAGUAUUUCGUUUAGCCCCAUACUAAAAUACAUCUACAACGUAGGCUGCGUCCCUGGCUUCACGGGUAUAACUACCGUCUACGGACCGAUGGCAAGGUCUGUGGCCGAUGUAAAAUAUGCCUGUGAGGUGUUCUUUGGCCAACAGGCAACUGUCCCGGCGGCGACCCUCCCACCUGUCAAGUACCGAACUGAUUUAGACCUUUCAAAACCCCUCAAAAUUGGUUACUUCAAAACUGAUCGUUUUGUGCGUGCUUCUCCUGCUUGUCAAAGGGCUGUGCUCGAGAGCGUCGAAGCGCUCAAAGGAAAAGGCCAUAUAAUCGAGGAAAUCAGUCCUCCCGAUAUCGCUGAACUCUUGAAACUUUUUGUCGAGCUUAGUUCUGCUGAUGGGUACAACACUAUGUUAUCUCACCUCCAGUCAGAUAAACAAGAGCCGGCGCUCUUCCUUGUCACGUUGGGUCCACGCCUUCCAGCUUUCGUCCGCGCCCUUAGCAACCUCCUUGUUCGUCUGUUUAUCAACGACACGACCUUCACACGACUGUUUGGUGCUUCACGUCCACGAACUGUGUCGGAGCUCUGGGCAAGCUCAGCGGCUCGAUUAGCAGCUGACAGCGCACUUCAAAACCACUUGUGGUCUCAAACACUUAACUUAGAUGUACUCAUCUGUCCAGUACAAGCAGUACCGGCCAUUCCACAUGGAGCAACCAAGACACUUACUCCAAUUGCAGCGUCAACUUUGGCAUGGAAUGUAGUCGAGUGCCCCGUGGGUAUUGUUCCAGUUACUCACGUUCAACCAGACAAGGAUGCGUUGCCGGCCGAUUGGUUUGAGAAACCCACUGCAGGGCCGGUGAUACGUCCCUCUGGAGAGAAUAAGGUGGUAGAGGUGGAAGUUGAGCCAUCACCUCUGUUCGAGCGAGCCGUUUAUGGCUCAGGAACUAGACUAUUACAACCUUUAGAUGAGCCUGUGCCCGUCUACGACGCUGAAAAGAUGAAAGGGUUGCCAGUAGGUGUCCAAAUCGUGGGGAAGCCUUGGGAAGAUGAAAAGGUUAUCUAUGUCAUGGAGGUAUUGGAUGAGGCACUUGGUAAGAGAGAGCCCGGGUUCGGUCCAAGUGCAAAUGAGGUCUGGAGGACUGGUACUUGA